CGGCGGUUCAAUCAGCUGUUUUCCAAGCGUGUUGACUUCAAUUGGCAACAAAUUGCAAAUUGUUCAAAUAAAAGUCGAAAAAUGCGUUAAAUUGAAAGCAAACCAGUAGUUUAAACUGUCAAAACAGCGGUUAAAAACUAAACCUCGCAGGUGGAAUUGUAUAUUUUAGCAAAGAACGAACAAGAAUCAUGUCGUCGGGCUUAAAAUGUCGCAAUUGCGGAUCCAAUGAGAUCGAGGAAGACAAUGCUCGCGGAGAUCGAGUUUGCAUGAACUGCGGCUCGGUCUUGGAGGAUUCCCUCAUUGUAUCCGAAGUGCAGUUCGAGGAAGUGGGCCAUGGAGCAGCCGCAAUCGGCCAGUUUGUGUCCGCCGAGUCGUCGGGCGGUGCCACCAACUACGGCUACGGCAAGUUCCAGGUGGGAUCGGGCACCGAAUCCCGCGAGGUGACCAUCAAAAAGGCUAAGAAGGACAUCACACUGCUCUGCCAGCAGCUGCAGCUAUCCCAGCACUAUGCGGAUACUGCUUUGAAUUUCUUUAAGAUGGCGCUGAGUAGGCAUCUCACCCGCGGCAGGAAGAGCACCCACAUUUACGCUGCCUGCGUGUACAUGACCUGCAGGACAGAGGGCACCUCCCAUCUCCUCAUCGACAUCAGCGACGUACAACAGAUCUGUUCUUAUGAGCUUGGGCGCACCUACUUAAAGUUAUCGCAUGCCCUUUGUAUCAACAUACCUUCUGUGGACCCGUGUUUGUACAUUAUGCGUUUUGCCAAUCGACUGCAGUUGGGUGCCAAAACGCAUGAGGUUUCUAUGACGGCUCUGAGGAUUGUGCAGCGCAUGAAAAAGGACUGCAUGCACUCGGGACGACGACCCACUGGCCUUUGUGGAGCAGCUCUGCUGAUUGCGGCCCGGAUGCACGAUUUCAGUCGCACCAUGCUGGACGUGAUAGGUGUGGUCAAGAUCCAUGAGUCCACACUUCGGAAGCGCCUUUCGGAGUUUGCUGAAACGCCCUCGGGAGGGCUAACCCUGGAGGAGUUCAUGACCGUUGACCUGGAGCGCGAACAGGAUCCGCCUUCCUUUAAGGCAGCGCGCAAAAAGGAUCGCGAGAGGAUCAAAGAUAUGGGCGAGCACGAGCUAACAGAGUUGCAAAAAGAAAUUGAUGCUCAUCUGGAAAAAGACCUAGGCAAGUACUCAAACUCAGUUUACCGACAACUGACUAAGUGCAAGGGAGGCACUCCACUGAGCUCGCCAAGCACGCCCAAGAGCACCUCGGAAAAGGAUAUCGAACUGGAGGAGUCUAGGCAGUUCAUUGAGCAAUCUAAUGCGGAGGUCAUUAAGGAAUUGAUAGCCAAGAACGAGGACGUAAAGAAGGCCGAACCAGGUGGCUUGGUGGCUGGGAUUGAAGGCCUUCGACCGGAUAUCGAGGCUAUUUGCAGGGUGACCCAGAGCGAUCUGGAGGACGUAGAGAAGGCUAAGCAGCCCCAGGAACAAGAGCUCAUCACCGAUGAUCUGAACGACGACGAACUGGAUCAGUACGUGCUGACUGAGGAUGAGGCGGUGGCCAAGCUGGAAAUGUGGAAGAACCUCAAUGCCGAGUAUCUGCAAGAGCAGAAGGAACGCGACGAGCGGCUGGCCAAGGAACGUGAGGAGGGAAAGCCAGAGCGGAAGAAGCGUAAGCCACGCAAGAAGGUCAUUGGGCCCUCGUCCACAGCCGGCGAGGCCAUCGAAAAGAUGCUGCAAGAGAAGAAGAUCUCCAGUAAGAUCAACUACGAGAUUCUCAAGACCCUGACCGACGGCAUUGGCGGACUGACAGAUGACUCUCCUACAACAAGUGCAGAUACCAAACCGAGCACUCUGGAAGAGCUGAAGCAGCAGCCGGUCAUAGUGGAAGAAGGCCCUGUUCCUUCCAAGAGCAGGGGCAAUAGGGCAACCUACGAUCUGCCCGGACCCAGUAGGAAACGUCCUAAACUAGAGGUGGGUCUGCCGGUCAGCCAAGCUGCCGAUGUGGAGCAGCCGGAUUCCAAGCCAGCAGUUGUGGUGGAAACAGAUGACCUGGACGAAGACGCUGAGGCGGAAGCGGAAGCUGAGGAUCCUGACGUCGAGCCCGAGGCAGAACCAGAGGCCACUCUUCAGGACAUGCUCAACACGGGCGGUGACGACGAUGAGUUCGGCUAUGGUUUUGACGAGGAGGAGGAAUACUAGGCAUAAGCUCGCAUUUAGCGUUUAAAGCAUUUUAGUAUAUACACUCAGAUUCUAUAGUACCCGACCUACUCGUAAUACAAUUAAACUAAGCAUUAAGGGCCGUGCACUUGUUGCCGCCGCGCUAUUUCCUGGGCUCCUUAGCAGUGGAGGCCAUUAAAUCAUGGCCCCCUCCUUGCAGCCAUUUACAUGUUUAAGCCAUGUCGGCGCGAGGAGGCGCUGAGCCGGUACUCCCGAACACUCCGGGCUGGUACUCGUAGCUAGCUUCUAAUUGUUGGCGCUACCGUGGCGCGCCUCCAAGUGCUGCAAAUAAAUAUUUCACUCUUAAUCAUGUUUUGCACUCUGUUUUGCUUGCCUUUCUCCGGCGCUGCAGGCGGCCAGUUCAGCUCAGUUCAGUUCUGUUUAGUUCUGUUCUGUUCAGUUGUUGGCCCGGCCAGGAACUUGGCCCGGCUCCACGGCCAUUGCGUUGAGUGGCAAGUGCCCGGCAAUGAGCUGUUGAGUCUGCCGGGCACUUGUCUCCACGAUUUUAUAGUUAUUAUGUUGUAAUUAGUGUUAAUUUACUUGCCUACGGUUCAGCAAGUCAGCAUCAGUGCUCCCAUAAAGUAUAGCAUAGUUCGGGGCAGUUUCUUGGGGCUCGUUUGCGAGUUUCCAAUUGUGACCGUUUUCCGUUCUGAACAAAUUAGCAAACUGUAAUGUCUCUAUCUUAGAUUAAGUUCAUGACUAGCGGUAAAAUCGUAUUUAU